AUGUAUUGUGGAGAUUAUAUACAAGGAACAAUUUUUCCAGCUCCAAAUUUUAACCCUAUUAUGGAUGCUCAGUUGCUAGGAGGAGCCCUGCAGGGAAUUAGUUGUGAAAAAGAUGUGUUGAUUGAUGUCCUAACACAACGCUGCAAUUCACAGAGGCUCAUGAUUGCUGAAGCAUACAGAGACAUGUAUGGCAGGGAUUUGAUGACAGACCUAAAAGAGAAUCUCUCUCAUCACUUCAAAGAAGUCAUGGUUGGCCUAAUGUAUCCACCUGCAUCCUAUGACGCCCAUGAGCUCUGGCAUGCACUGAAGGGAGUAAACACGGAAGAAAAGUGUCUAAUUGACAUAUUAGCCUCAAGAUCAAAUAUGGAGAUAUUCCAAAUGAAAGAAGCCUACUUAACACAAUACAACAGUGACCUUCAACAAGAUAUCGAUUCUGAGACUUCAGGUCACUUCAGAGAUACUCUCAUGAACCUCGCUCAGGGAACAAGAAUGGAAGGAUAUGCAGAUCCUUCUACAGCUGCUCAGGAUGCAAUGAUUCUAUGGGAAGCCUGUCAGCAAAAAACAGGCGAACACAAAAACAUGCUGCAAAUGAUACUGUGCAACAGGAGUUACCAGCAGUUGUGGAUGGUUUUCCAGGAGUUCCAAAGUAUCUCUGGGCAAGACCUGGUAGAUGCCAUCAAUGACUGCUAUGAUGGAUAUUUUCAAGAAUUACUGGUUGCAAUAGUUCUCUGUGUCCGUGACAAGCCUUCUUACUUCGCUUACAGACUCCAUAAUGCAAUUCAUGAUUUUGGGUUUCACAAUAAAACAGUCAUAAGGAUUCUCAUUGCCAGGAGUGAAAUUGACUUGAUGACUAUACGACAACGAUACAAAGAGAGAUAUGGGAAAUCGCUCUUUCAUGAUAUUAAACAUUUUGCUUCAGGACAUUAUGAGAGUGCUUUACUUGCUAUCUGUGCUGGUGAUGUUGAAGAUUAUUAAGAAAGAAGACAACGGAUUUUGAACCUGUAUAAACUGAUUUUAAGUGGAAAUUGAAGCUAUACACAAUUGUAAUUGUAGGAGGUAUCUAAUCUACUCAAAAGAUCAGAAAAAUCAGUGCUCAACAUUUGACAAUUUAAAAUUUUUUUUGAGACAAGAAAAAUGUAAACACAUUAUCAGGAACAUGGUUUUAUCCCUAUUUCAGACUAACGUUCCUGUUACCAUUAGUAUUGUAAAUUAAUGGAAGAAUUGGUAGAAGUACUUUAUGUAAGCACACAUUUAUGAUUUAGUCGUGCAACACUCCAAAACCUUAAGACAACAGGCUUGGUGAUCCAUUAAUUCUACUCACCUGCUUUGAUGAGGAAAAAAAAAUGACUGGAAGAUGAGGCAUUUCACGGCUUUCUGCAGAGAACUUCCAUUCCAAAGGAUUAAGUUUCGAAACGCCAUUUGCACCUGUGUCAUUUAAAUCAUAGGAAGCCCCUCGUGGUGCGAGUUCUGAGCUGGCUCACACUGGCCAACACUUCACUCCCAAAGGUUCAAAGAUGCAGUGCUCUUCACGGAACGUUUUGUGACAACUCGUAC